CAGCGUCCGUUGGAAGAUUCUAGUGGCUGGAAGGUUCUGGAAGGCUCUCAGCAGUUCUGGCAGUUGCCACAGCAGUUGCUGCAGCACUUGAAGGCUGCUCCUCUAGCCUGGCACCUGUGCUCUGGCUGUAAUGAAGCCAUGAUGAAGCUACUGGAUCUGAUUCUGCUACAGCUGAGAGUAGUGUUAAGUUAGGAUUGAUUGCUGAAGUCAAAUCAUUCUGCAAGCGAAGUACAAAACUGCCUGUAAAGUUCUUUGGAUGUCAGGCUGCCUAAGUGAAGCCCUUCAGGAAAGAGGUAAAAAUAAAUGAGACCUACUGGAACUCUUUUUGCAUUCCCUUUCCUCUGGAAGCCUUGUCAUUGUAUAUAACUGCCCAGUCACAGAAGCUCAUCUCUCUAAACAGAAUACAUUAAGUCAAACUAUAGCGCUUUUUUGGAGAUGGAUACCAGUCCUACAUAUGCUCUUGUGCUAGAGAAUCAGCAAUUGAAGAGUGAAGAUUUUGACAUGCUAGAAAAUACUGGCAUGACCUCUGCUGGCAGAGGAAAGUUAUCAACAGAUUUUAAUCCUCAGAGUGUUGAAACCUCAGCUGAAAAGCACUCUCUGCAAAGAGGCUUCUCACUAACUCAUGCUGACCAAGAAGGCAAAACAUCCAUUUCUGGAAUCUCUGAUCCUCUUAAAGUUACUGAAGAACCUCAGGUGUGGAAUUUAAAACCUGAUCUAGAGAUACCAUAUCAAGCCAAAAUUGCAUCAAUACCACUAUCUUCUUUGCCAUCUAAACUACAGGAACUACUAUCAGCUGCCGCAAAAAAUGUCUCUGAAGUAUGGCAAGCUACAGGAACAGAAUCUGUAAUUUAUGUAUGGCCAUUAAUAAAGUUAGAAGAGGCUUCCAGCUCCUUUUGGAACAAUUUUUCAAAGUCUUUAAUACCAAGCAGCGAAAACUUUCCAAGACACUGUUCUAGUCCUGAUAUAACUGAAGAUGUGAAAUGUUCCCAGAUAACCCCAGAGAAAGAAGAGCCAGCCAGAAAGACAGCAAGAUCCUAUCCUCUUAUUGUAAAAUCAUCUAACACUGGUGUUUCAGAAAUUUUGAAGUCACUCAUCACUAUGAAGAAUAAGGAUUAUAAGGAUAUGUUACCACUUUCAUCUGUCAGUUCCAUCGAAGAGCAAGUGGAAAUUCCUCUCUUUAACGGAAAUGCUCUAAUGAUCUAUAAUAGGCAAGUCUAUCUUCUAUAUGUAAUGACGCAUGAAGAUCUGACAGCAGAAAGGGAAAUGGUUUGGUAUCAUCCUAUGUUGCUUGUGAAGACCAUGGUUUGGCUCAUUACAUGUGGUUCUAUCCAUAAUCUACCUUUCGAAGUUCCACACCCACUGCUGCCAAGAGAGAAUGCUGUGAAACAGAACAUAAAAUGUCUUACAACCUGUGCUACCCCCACACACCAAGACAAAACGUCAAAUGAAACACAUUCCUCUUCACAUGAGAUGACUACCAUCUCUCAGCCCAAGAACUGCUCCCCCUCUACUGCGAAAAUGCAGCAGGUAGUAACCUAUGAUGAUCAAGUGAUUGUCUGUGUAUGUACAGUAAAUUACUUUCCUCUUAGAUAUAGCUGAAUGCAAAGUGCAUUU